CUACUUGAGUGCGUGCACAAGAACGCGAAACGUUUGUGAGGGUGACAGACGACAAAAAUAGAGAAAAGCGACACUUUCAAAUCAACUUUUCCAUAAAGAACUACAGAUAACAUAAACCUGUCGAGUAUUCAGAGUAGAAGCAGACAAACCUUGGUUAUCAGCAGCUACAGCAGAACGUAUAUACGAGCGCACAGCACCAGAUCCCACGUCGUCGCGCGGAUAUUUGCCCUUCCCCCCCCUUGUGGCAUUUCGUUCCCCCAGUUCUUUUUUUUCUCUCGAUCUCCCGUUGAACAUUUGGCACUCGUCGCGUGUUCUUUUUGAAUUGAUUCGAUAAAUAGAACACAUAUAUAUAUAUACACAUCCAGCAGGUAUGAUGAGACUAAGUGGGACCCCUACACCUAGUGCAACGCCCGGGCCUGAGCCUCCGGCUGAGCCCCGCCAGCAGGGCCAGACUCAACCACGCCAGUCCAAAGUUAAAAGUUCACUUCCAACCCAUUCCCAUGGCCAUGGCCAUGGCCAUGGCUAUAGCCAAUAUUCACAUCGUAGGGUGGCGGUAGACCCGGUCACCCUUGUCAUCAACGAAUGCAUGAUCAUCUCGUCGGCCAUGAGGAAACUGAGCCGAUGGUCGCAAAGUGGAGUGGCUGCCAUUUUGGGAGCCGGUCAACUUUUCGGUGACGUUGAGGAUGAUAUGCAUGGAUUGGUGGGAGGUAAGGCCCGUACUGUUGCUCAUGGCUUGAGUGUCCACUCAUCAGUCGGUGGUGGUGGUGGUUCCGGUUCCGCAGGCAACCCUUCGUCUUCCUCCCCUGGCGGCGGCUCAUCCACAACAACAGCAACAACAACAACCUCCACAAAUUCCACCUCCACCUCCACCUCCAAUGACUCGCCCUUACUCUCGUCAUUCUUCAGACUUCGUGCAAUUCUCACAGAAACCCCAAACCUUCAUGAAAUCGAUAGUUUGACUCUUCUUCAACCUUUUCUUCUUGUGAUCAAAUCGUCGUCCACGUCCGGCCAUAUCACACAAUUGGCCCUCAGCUCGAUCCACAAGUUCCUCCAGUACCAGUUGGUCACGUUGGAGUCGUGCAACGUCCAGCAGGCCGUGGUACAGAUCAUGUCUUCGUUGACCCAUUGCAGAUUUGAAGCUGGAGAUCAAAACUCGGAUGAUGCGGUCUUGUUGAAAGUGUUGAGAUUACUUGAAGUGGUGAUGGAAUCAGACUUACUGAACCUUUUGCCCGAUGAAGUGAUUUCAGAGGUGGUUCAAACCUUUUUGAGACUUGCUUGCAAUAAAAAGAGAAGUGAAGUCUUGAGAAAGGCUGCCGAAAUGAGCAUGAGUUUGGUAUGUUGGAGAGUGUUCAACCAAUUGGAAACCAUUGCCGGUGAAGUCGACCAUCAUGGUGAUCAAUCAACCGUGGUGAUGGAAUCAAUUGGUACCAUCGGCACUCUUGGUGAAGAGCCAUUGGGUGGAGUUACCAACGAAGAACAUCGAGUCUCUGAAGAAGGUGGUCAAUUAGCUGGAUCUAAUCAGUUGGACGAUCUCACUAGUCCCUUGGCUGAUGAUGGAUCGUUUGGAAUCCAUUCCAUCAAUGAGUUCUUGGCCAUUUUAAUCUCCAUGAUCUCCCCUACAAAUCAAUAUCAACAUAUGGAAUCAACCAGAGUAUUUGCCCUUUCCCUUCUCAAUGGAGCCAUUGAGAUUUGUGGGGGUGAACUCCCCAAACAUCCUGCGUUACUUCGUCUUGUUUCUGAUAAUGCUUGUAAGCACAUUCUUCAAAUCAUGUCUACUCUGGACUCUCCACCUUUACUUCAAGCCUCACUUCAAUUAUUCACCACCAUUACCAUUGUAUUGGGGGAUCAUAUGAAGAGUCAAAUUGAAUUAUCAUUGACUCUUUUGUUCAAGAGUGUUGUUCCCAAGAAGAAAGAACAGGGGAGUACUACUACUACUACUCCGAUCAGUAGCACGGCGGCUGCCAGUAGAGGAGGAGAUUCAUCAUCGUCAAUCACAAGACUGGCGCUUUCGAAAGAAAUGAUCAUUGAAAGUCUUUCAUUACUCUGGACCAGAUCUCCAAUGUUUUUCACACAAUUAUUCAUGACAUAUGAUUGUGAUUUUGAAAAAAGUGACUUGGCAGUGGAAUUAUUAGAAGGAUUAUGUGAAUUAUCGUUACCGGAAAGUGCAGGAGAAACCAGUGAUAAUGUUCCACCAAUUUGUCUUGAAGCUAUUUUGGGAUAUGUUGGAGGAGUUAAUGAAAGAAUUAGAGAGAAGAAUCGCAAUAAAAAUUCUUCUGAGAUUGAAUCAAACAUCAAGUCAUCUACAACAUCAUUCAAAUCUUCAACUAAAGGUUCACUUGUUGAUAAAUCUCAAAAAAUGGCAUUUAUUUCAUGUACUACAUUUUUCAAUACUUCACCAAAAUUGGGAGUUCAAGAACUUUAUAAAAAGGGAUUUGUUUCCAAUCCUUCCGAUAUUGAUGAAUUAGCAAGAUUUAUCUUUUCCAAAUCAACCAGACUUAACAAAAAGGUUCUAGGAGAAUAUCUUGCCAAGCCAUCAAAUAUUGAUCUUUUAAAGAAAUUCAUUCAUUUAUUUGAAUUUGAAGGUUUAAGAGUUGAUGAAGCAUUGAGAAUUUUAUUGAAAAGUUUUAGAUUACCAGGUGAAAGUCAACAAAUUGAAAGAGUGGUUGAGAUAUUUGCUGAAAGAUAUGAAGAAUGUCAAAAGAGUACAAGUGUAAAGGAAAUUUCAAAUGGUGAUUCUAUCAAGAUUUCUGAAAAGGAUUCUGAAAAUUCGAAAAAUUCUGAGAGUUCUGAUAGUUCUGAUAAGGAUUCAGCUACUUCUAACGAUGAAUUGGAAGAAGUUCACCCCGAUAAAGACGCCACCUUCAUCCUCUCUUAUUCCAUCAUCAUGUUAAACACAGAUCAACAUAACCCACAAGUUCAAAAAAGAAUGGAUCUUGAGAGUUAUAGAAGAAAUUUGAGAGGUAUCUACUAUGGGAAAGAUUUCCCUGAAUGGUAUCUUUCCAAGAUCUACUAUUCUAUUAGAGAUCGUGAAAUCAUCAUGCCUGAAGAACAUCAUGGUACUGAAAAAUGGUUUGAUGAUGUUUGGAAUAAUAUGAUUAGUAGUGAAGUUGAAGAAGAAAAGGAAUCAAGGGAUAUUCAAUCAGAACUUGAUCUUGAUCUUAUUUUAUCAUUUGAUAAGGUAUUAUUCAAGGAAAUUGUCCAUACCAUCAUUUCCACCCUCAUCAAGGUCUUCCAAGAAGCUCUGGAUGAUCAUAUUAUCACUAGACUUAUGUCCUCUGUUGAUAAAUGUGCCACCAUUUGUAUGCAUUUUGGAUUGGAUGAAUCUAUUGAUGAUCUUUUAACGGCGUUAACAUUACAAACAUCACUCACUGAAAAUCAUAAUGUUCAAAAAUUGACAAGUUCAUCAUCUCCAGAAAAUAUUAGAGAUGAAAUUCCAAUUACUCAAAUUCAUAUUGAUCAAAAGGAUGAAGUUAUUACCGUUAGUGGUGUAGCAGUAUGGUUUGGUCAUGACUUCAAGGCACAAAUCUCUGCAGUUGUCUUGUUCAGAUUGAUGAAGAAAACUCAAUAUCAUGUUUCAAAUUCUGUUGCUUGGAAAAACAUUGUCAAGAUCAUUAUGACAUUAUUUGAAAAUUGUCUUAUUGAUCCAAACUUAUUUGUUGAUUUCCAAACAAAAUUGAAAUUGGGUCCAUUGCCCAAGGUAAAGCCAAGAUAUGUCAUCAAUCGUAGUAAACCAUUGAAGGAUCUGGGCUUGUUGUCCACGUUCUCGUCCUUUUUGAAGGGAUACAGUGACGUCACUCCUGAGCCAACCGACCAAGAAGUCGAACUGACCUUGUCCACCAUUGAUUGUGUUAGAUCGAUUAACAUUCCAGAAGUAUUUGAAAGUUUGGCUAGAAAUGGCGGUGGCAAUCUUGAAAUUUUCAUGGAAUUGUUAUUGGAACAAGUAGAAGAAGAACAAGAAGAAGAAGAAGUUAAGAAGGAACCAACUGGUGACACUGUGGGAAAAUCUGACUCGGUCAAUUCUUCCAAUAAUUCUUCCUCAAACACUUCAGCAACUUCUCUCUUCGUCUUUGAAGCUUGUGUUUGUUUCUCAUUGAUUCUUGGCAAUGGUCAACUCAUUUCCAAACUUUUAACCAAGCUUUCUCGUCCUUCAUCUUCUCCAUUAUCGAAAAGAUCAUCCAUUAGAAUCUCAACCUAUAAGCUUCUUCUUUUAAAGGAAGCAGAAACUUUGGAAGAAUCUCUUCCAAUUCUUGAGAAAACUCUUGAUGAUUUGAAUGAAAUCCAUGCAGACACCCUCAUCAAAUUGGGUGGUGGUUUAUGUCCAACCCUUAUUUCUCUUGCCAAUGAUGGAUGGAGUCAAUCCCAUGUUCUUUCUAUGGAUUCUUUCUGGAAAAUAUUAAGAAUUCUUGCCACUCAACCAGAAAAUUCGAAGGAAAUCGUAACCUUAGCCUCAAUGGUGAUUGAUACUCAUAGUGAAAAAAUCACUCCUCUGGUAUAUCUCACCUUUUUAGGACUUUUGGAUGAAAUUUCAUCUCUUGGAGCCAUGGGAUCUCAUGAACAACAAUCUAAAAAUGAUCUUAAAACUGGAGUUACCUCAUCUUCUUUAAUUGCUGAUCUGAAAACUUCAAUCUCCUUAACCACCAGUUUAACUCGAAUUUCUACAAGACAAGAAUAUCUCAAGGAAAAAGACCUCACUUAUUCUCAAUUCCAAGCACUUGCCCAUCAAUGUUUCAACCCAUGUCGUGAAGUGAGACAAUAUGCCGCGUCAUGUCUCCAACUGGCGAUCCUUGCCGACGAUCCUCAUGGAAUCUUGACCACCCUGGGAGUGUUUGAAUUUGUUCUUUUCCCUCUUCUUUCUGAAUUGGGUAAAGAAGAAGUGUUGGCCACUGAUCCAACUGGAUUUGCACCAACUCAAGUGGAAACCCUUUCUCUAGCCAGCAAGGUAUUCCUUCAUUCUCAUGGGAAAUUACCUCAGGAUGACAUCGAUUCCAUCUGGCUCGGCAUUUUGGACCACAUGGUGAACUUCCAACACAAUGGAGAUGUAAAUUAUUCUAAACUCUUCAAGGAAACAGGACUGGAAAUGCUCAAGAAUAUGAUUCUUGUGUUGCAGAGCAACAACGUUUUGGUCCGUGACAAGAAAGAAGUUUGGGAAGAAACCUGGGCACGAGUUGAAGUAUUGGACUCUGAGUUAUUGACUCUUCGUGACCAAGACGAACCAGAACCCACCACCACAGACGAACAAUCCCAGACUCUGGAAACACCUGAGGUGAGCACAUCCACCAAUGCUGCGGUAACCGCCACUCUGGAAGAACCUGCUGGUUCUGCGGAGUAAUCAUGUCGUCGAUAUAGACAGUUUAUAGAAUAUAUAUUAUUAUUAUAAGA